CAAACCUUGCCCAAAUGGACUGGACUGAAACGAGGGCGCGCGGUGGCAACUGAGGUCCGAACAAGCCGAGACGCGGUACCUCGCCGUAUGUUAGAGCCUCUGUGGGAGUGCUGCUGUUUGGGCAAAGAGGAGGUUGAAAAUGCAGUGUACCCCGGAGUCCAAUGUCUACCAUGGCAGCAGCAAAGGCCAACAGUGUGAUGAGUGUUUUGACAGUGGCUACUCGGGUUUAUUCCACAGUCCACAGAGUAUCAGUGGAUUUGGCUCCUCUAGGCCUUUGGCUUCAGUGGACUUCAUUGACACACCCAAAGAGUAUCUCAGACUUCCUGUCACCCCCAAGGAGAGUAGCAGGGCCCCUUUGCACAAAGACUCCAAGGGGGUUCAGCGGUCCUGCACGCUGAACUGGUGUGAAACUCCCAAAGUGUGCAAAAGAUAUGUCUCGCUGCAACAUAGACCUGCUCUGUGCGAUGCCACUAAAGAAAACACCACUUCCACAUGCACCGGAAGGAUAGACUCGUCAUUUGGGUCUGACCAUUGGCCCAAUGUUUCGUUUGACUCUCUUGAUACCACGCCGCAGUCUUUGACUUUAAGCACUUUAAAAUUGGAGCAGGAUUUCCCGUUAUCUGGUAGGAAACGUCGUCUGCUCUUCUCUCAGGUAAGGACCUCCACUCGUGUGGACGGUACCUUCGGCUUGGGUGACAGCAACAGUUUGGAGAGACGAAUUCCACUCUUGGAUGAUUUCUGUCAGCACCUUGGUGCCUCUGAUCAACUUAAUGUAGAAGCACCGUGCUUAAGCAAAUUCCUGCCGGCCUCAUCCAAGGAAAACUCUCCAUCACCAGUCAACAAGCAGACAAGUGACUUAUAUGACUCCUCCAGUGUCUUGUGCACGCCAUCAUCGACACAAACACCCAAGUAUAUCAGGUCUGUGUGUGAGGACAGUGGCUUCAGCUCCCUUGCGCUCGAUAAAUCCCAAGGCUCUUCUGUCGACCAUGACGGCUCGUUCCAGGAGUUGCUGCUUUCCGCCUCAAAAGGAAACUCCGAAACCCCCAAUCUGACAGAUACAAAACGGCGUUCCCGUUUGCAACGUCAGCAAAGACUUUCCACUCUAAAGGAAGGAGGCUCCUUAUCUGAUGAAGACCUGUCGGACAGAAAGCAUCAGCAUAUUCACAGCCAUGGCAGCACUUCUAAAGAUGAGGUUUUUCUCAGGGAAACCCCGCGCAGGGUUCGUACAACGUCUGAUGGGCCGGCAUCGAAUAACGAAGGUUAUACAACUCCUCGAAGCCAAACAACGGCCAAGCUCGACUGCAUGCCACCUUCUUGUACCGCGUCUGUCAAUUCUAACGUAACCCCCUUCAAGACAACCGUAUCCAACCUUUCAUUGACACCUGCGUUGCAGCUGAUACAUACUUUGUGUGAGCAGAGGGCCAAUAUGUUUGCUGGCCAAAGUCCAAGUCUAAAAGAGCAGCUGAGGACCACAUCAGCUCUAACUGAGAUCCCUGUAAUGUUGAGCACAAUUAUGCCGUUAGCAGGGCUGAUAGGCCGGAAGAUGGGCCUGGGGAAGGUGGACCUAUUAACAGAGCUGAGAAAGAGGAACCUCAGGCACAUCCUGGCUGUCAUACUCGGCCACCUGUCUGCUGAGUGUGUCUACAGGUGUUGUCAGGUGUGCAAGGACUGGAAUGAAAUAAUCCAACAGGACAAGCAAGCUCACCUCAAAAAAGAAAUUCACCGGAGUGAAGUAGAAGCUGCUCUCGAGCUUGGUGGAACUGUCCACGUUUCUGACGCCGAGACCAGAAUGGCUCUGCUUGAAAGGUCAGCCCUCAAGACUGUACAGGCCCAGUCUCGAACCUCCAGUUACUGCACGCCACAGUCUGGAAGAUGCACUGUCACCCCUUUACAAAACAGCACUUUGUCUUUAGGCAGCAGCAGCAAAAGGGAGAAGUUCAUAGAGAUUGCCAAAACCCUCUUCAACGAUGAAUGCCUCAGACAUUGCCCUCGCUGUCAGCAUCCCGCAAAGUGUCACUUUGUGAAACGCGAAGGCGUUUGCACCAGAGCUGACUGUGCGUUCCAGUUUUGCACAGCGUGCUUGUGUGCUUUCCAUGGCGCCAGAGAAUGUGGCGGCCAGUCUGCAGGCCGACGCAAGAAAGACGUAUUACUUCCAGGAAGUGCCCAAAGCAAGCGAAACAUUAGGAGACUAUGAACAGACAAUGACGUGUAGCUCUUGCUACUGUUCU